UUCUUGUUCCCUGAGACGUAGUUUGUGAUGUAGUUGUGUAGUUCAGGCGGGUUCCGAAGCGUGAGUGUACUAAAUACUAAUCGAUCAUACCGAGUCGGAACACUGAAGGUUAAACGGAAGAGUAAGCCGGACGAGAAGGCGAUGUUAUAUCUAUGUAUAUGUUUUCGGGCCGAUGUGUAUGAUUAUUUAGUAGUUGUAUAAAUAGAAAAUGUAUAAGCGAAAGCAGGAUUCUCAAAUUCCGGCGGAGGAGAGCGACUUGCUCGCGAUAACGCCGCUCGGAGCAGGUCAAGAAGUCGGCCGGUCGUGCAUUAUGAUCGAGUAUAAAGGGAAGAAAAUCAUGCUCGACUGCGGAAUCCAUCCUGGUCUGACGGGCAUGGACGCAUUGCCUUUCGUCGAUAUCGUCGACACGGACGAAAUCGACUUGCUCCUCGUUUCUCAUUUCCACUUGGACCACUGCGGCGCACUUCCGUGGUUCCUGCUCAAGACGAGCUUCAAAGGCCGAUGCUUCAUGACCCACGCAACCAAGGCGAUCUACAGGUGGCUCGUCUCCGACUACAUCAAAGUGAGCAACAUCUCGACGGAACAGAUGCUCUACACGGAAAGCGACCUCGAGUCGAGCAUGGACAAGAUCGAGACGAUCAACUUCCACGAGGAGAGGGAGGUCGGCGGCAUCAAGUUCUGGGCGUACAACGCCGGCCACGUACUCGGCGCUGCCAUGUUCAUGAUCGAAAUUUCCGGCGUCAAAAUUUUAUACACAGGCGACUUCUCGAGGCAAGAGGACCGACACUUGAUGGCAGCAGAGAUUCCUACAGUCAGGCCAGACAUACUUAUCACGGAAGCUACUUAUGGCACUCACAUACAUGAAAAACGUGAAGAACGUGAGGCCAGGUUUACAACUCUAGUCCAUGACAUUGUAAACCGAGGUGGGAGGUGUUUGAUCCCCGUUUUCGCCCUGGGGAGAGCGCAAGAACUUCUGCUCAUCCUCGAUGAAUACUGGAGCCAACACCCUGAACUCCACGACAUCCCAAUUUACUAUGCGUCGUCUCUAGCAAAGAAAUGCAUGGCAGUUUAUCAGACAUAUAUAAAUGCCAUGAACGACAAAAUCAAAAGGCAGAUUGCUGUGAACAACCCGUUCAUUUUCACCCACAUAUCUAAUUUGAAGGGCAUAGACCAGUUCGAUGAUAUCGGCCCAUGUGUUGUGAUGGCAUCUCCUGGUAUGAUGCAAAGCGGGCUAUCGAGGGAACUUUUCGAGUCUUGGUGUACGGAUGCAAAAAAUGGUGUCAUCAUAGCGGGUUAUUGUGUUGAAGGGACUCUCGCCAAAGCCAUCCUCUCUGAGCCUGAAGAGAUUGUGACUCUGAGUGGGCAAAAACUAAAGCUGAACUGUUCUGUCGCUUAUAUCUCAUUUUCAGCCCAUACUGACUACCAACAGACAAGUGAAUUUAUAAGACAGUUGAAACCACCGAGAAUUGUUUUGGUUCAUGGUGAGCAGAAUGAGAUGAGCCGUCUCAAAUCAGCAUUGCAGAGAGAGUAUGAAGGCGAUCCUGAUAAUGCAAUUCAGAUUUACAAUCCUAGAAAUACAGAAUCGGUUGAGCUCUAUUUCAGAGGAGAAAAAGUCGCUAAAGUGAUGGGAAGCCUGGCGAUGAAUAGUCCAAAAGCUGGCGAUAAACUCUCAGGAAUUUUAGUCAAAAGGGAUUUCAAUUACCAUAUCGUUGCACCUUCUGAUUUAUCUAAAUAUACAAACCUGACGACGAGUACUGUUAUGCAAACGCAGCACGUGCCUUAUAACGGGUCAAUAACAAUACUCCGUGCCAUGCUCGCCCAUAUCGCAUCGCCCCUUCUGACUAUAGACAUCAAAAAAUUAAAAGCUUUCAACUGCAUCGAUAUAACACUGAAUAAAAAAUCAGUGACUCUUCAAUGGGUCGCUAAUCCCGUUAAUGACAUGUUUGCCGACAGUAUUCUCACGGCGAUUCUUGAAUCUGAGAUAGUCAACCAGAACAUCGUACCGCCCAACGUACACAUGAAAAUGGACAGGAUGCACUUCAAAGAGUGCGUCAUCGAAAUGUUGCAGGACAUGUUCGGAGACCAGUGCGUACCAAAAAUAUUCAAAGGUGACAAAUUGAACGUAACGGUAGACAAUAAGAAAGCUCACAUCGACUUGCUGAGUUUAGAAGUUGUUUGUAAAGAAGAUUCGACGCUGCAGCAAGUUGUACAAACCGCUAUUAGAAAAUUGUACGAAGCUUUAACUCCCUCUUCAGCAUAUCUGACCAAAGAAUUGACAGCGGACUAAAUUAAUUUGAUAUAUCCAUAAACUCAUGUAUAUACUUUUUUAAAUAAAUGCUUAAUUGUUUUUGUUA